AUGCCCGAGGUAUUCAGCAUAGCUCUGGGUGGCGGCAGCCGUGUGCGCUAUGACAACGGGAAGACAACGAUCGGGCCGGACUCAGUCGCGCUCCGUCUACAGCAAGAUGCUCUUGUAUUUGGUGGGGAUGUACUCACAACCACUGAUAUUAUUGUUGCUGCUGGUCAGGCCGAAAUUGGGGACUCCUCGAAAGUCAGUCACAUAACCCCUGACCAGAUCAAAGCUGCCAAGCAGGAAAUCAAGCGGCACAUCGAACGAGCAAUCGACACCAUGAAGGUCAGCUCUGACCCAGUGAUCUGCCUGCUGGUUGGAGGCGGCGCCGCUCUUGUCACUGAGGACUUGGAAGAAGUCGAGCAGUGCCUACGUCCACCUCAUUUCGACGCUGCCAACGCCGUUGGCGCUGCCAUAGCCAAAGUCUCCGGAGACGUUGAUGAAAUCGUGAUCCCCGCCGGGAGAAGCGAGGCAGAGCUCCUUGAAGGUGUGAGGCAGAAAGCGAUCCAACAAGCGAUUGUCAAAGGCGCUGAUCCGAAAGACGUUGAGAUCGUGAAGGUAGAGAAGUUGCCACUGCAAUACGUGACCAAUAAGGCCACACGCUUUGUUGUGAAGGCAGUGGGAAGUCUGAAGGCUACCCAAUCAGAGAACUCUACUGCGGAGGUAAAAGGCUAUGAUGUUGAGGAAGCCUCCGGCCCUGAUGACGAAGCCAGCAAACGGGAGGUGCUCACAGAGCGUGAAGGGAGUCUCGCGAGACCCUCUCUCAAUGUGGACCUCAACACGUAUAGGCCCGAGGUCAAAGGCGAUACCUGGAUCAUCUCACCUGUCGAUGUCGAACUCAUCGCAUGUGGUGCUGGCAUACUCGGAACUGGAGGAGGCGGCUCUUCCUACAAUGUGGCCUUGCAGACUUUGGCACAGCUACAAAAGCAUGGCAUGGGCAGAAUACGUGUCGUGUCACCAGAGUCACUCCCUGAUGAUGCUGUCGUCGUUGAAGGAGCGGGUUACGGUGCACCGAGUGUGAGUAAUGAGAGACUUUCGUCAGGGACUGAAAUAUUCGAUGCGGUUGACACGGUCAACAAGAUCAUGGGCUACUCAGACUUUACUGGCAUUAUUGCCGUCGAGAUAGGGGGAGGCAACGGGUGCAUAACUUUGCCAUCAUCUGCGCACUAUGAUCGCCCUGUUGUUGAUGCCGAUCUCAUGGGCAGAGCAUAUCCAACCAUCGAACACACAUCGCCAUAUCUGUUCGGAUGUGCCGCAUGUCCAUGUGCUACAGCUGACGGGAAGGGCAAUACUGUGGUGGCAAUGAAAACUGAGUCAUACAGCAAGCUUGAGGGUCUCAUCAGGACUGCUUGUGUGGAACUGGGAACAGCCACCGGCUGUGCGGCCGCACCGUUCUCAGGCAGGAUCAUCAAGGACUAUGCCAUCCCCAACACCGUAUCACAAGCAUGGUAUCUUGGGAAAGCGGUUCAUCUGGCUCGUCAGACGAAGGUGGACUUCAUUGAUGCAAUUGCCGGGAUCACACCAGUUACGCUACUGUACACGGGAAAGGUGGUCGAUGUGACAAGAGACGUCUCCCGAGGAUAUACCAUUGGUCGCUGCGUCAUUGAACCACUAUCUGCGGAUGAGCAGGAAGAGGAGACAUCUGCAGCUGAGACCCGCAAUCUGGUGGUGCCCUUCCAGAAUGAGUAUCUCGCAGCACGGCUCGUCUCGCCAGGCCAGACCGACGAACAGGGAGAGAUUCUCUGCACAGUCCCGGAUCUGAUCAGCAUGGUUGGCUCGGAUGGUGAGGCUAUCGGUUCGCCAGAGCUUCGCUACGGUUUGCGAGUCAAAGUAAUUGGGAUGCCGGCGUCGCCAAUCUGGACAGAAACGGAGCGAGGCCUGCAAGUCGGAGGCCCAGAGUUCUUCCAGUUGGGUUGUGCGUACAAGAGCAUUGGCAAAUACCAAAAGCCGCGCAGUGUUAUAGAGGAGUACGGGAAGCAGGCAUCCGAUUGA